AUGGCUACUAGGCUGGUGGAGCUGGUGUCGACGCUAACCCAGAACACAGAGAUGCUGGACUGGCGUCAGUUCCUGCUGAGUGCCGCCCUCCCCUGGCCCACCCCCACUCUGCCUCAGCUGCUGCAAGUGUUGGCCCGCUUCAAGAUGGCGGACGCUGGGGCCACAGGGUCUUUGACUGAGGAGCAGUACUUAAAGGUUGAGUUGUGGUUCCUUAGUGAGCGGGCACUGUCCAUUCCCGAAGAUCUGUCUGAGCCACUUCCUUACGAUCGCUUGGCUAAUCUACGGAAGUUUUUCUUCCUGCUUUUCGCCGACCCCAAUUGCUCGCCAGCUCGUGUCGACUACGUGACCAUGCUGCUGUACUUCGCUGCCCACCCUGACCCUAUGCAGGGCUUUGUCCGAGCUCUCAGUGUCGUCAUGGGACAGCCACUUCGACACCACUCUAGCAGUAGACUUCUCAAGGUGGAAGUGGACCGAUUCCAGGACUCUCUACGUCUCUUGCGGGAUUACUACACAGGCAUGUACAAACAGGUGCUGUCUGAGGCGGGGCCAGAAUUCACCUGUAUUCCACUGCUAGACAUCGUGGCGCUGGAGGAGCCAGGAACCCAGACUGACAAAUCCAAGAGUUCUGAAAGAGUCACCAAGAGUGCUGGUAAAAGAGACUCUGAAGGAGAUGAGAAGAAGAAAACCAAAGUUGUUCCACUGAUUCCCCGCAGACCUCCCUCUACUGAAGUGGCCUCUAUGAAACAGAAAGGCUUCCAGGACCCUGACGAGAAGCUGCUGCAUGACAUCUAUCAGACUGCUCUGACAGCCAUCAACAACAUGGUGUCAGUGGAGGCGUUGCAGCGCGAGGCAGAGGAGAAUGAGGAGGCUCAGCAGCAGAUGGAUAGACAACGGCUACAGAGAAUGUCCCAAGCCUCCGCCUCCGCCGCCGCCGCAGCCAACUCUGGCAAGGACAAGAAGAAAGCUGGCACCAAGAAGAAAGGCCCCCCCUCCCCUGCUCAGGAGCCCAGCCCACCCCCUGCCCCAGAGGAAGAUUCAGAGGAGGUCUGCAAGAGGGCCAUACGAAACAAAAUCAGACAGGAGUAUGCUGCAGCCCUCGACCAUGAAGACAGUGCAGUGAAGGUGCGUGUGGAGCUGGUCAAGGCCUGUGCUCUGUGCAUGGUCAGGGUUCUGCACAGACAGGCAGAGCAGGCCUUCAGGACCAUGGAGGRGUGGCUGGGAGCCCGCUUCCUGUCUGAGAUGAACAGCAUUGACCAGCUGGCUGAGGUGGUGCGUCACCACAUCGAGUCGGCCGCCAAGCUCCAGAGUGAGCUGAUGCUGGUAUGCACCGACUUCUUCCUGAACGGGGAYAUGCGGGUUGUUGUCAGCCCCCCUAACCCUCCUCGCCCCGCCCCUUUGGAGCUUCCCACAGACAGCACUCUCACCAUCCUGCAGUUGGAGGCCUUCUACCGCCAGCUACGCAAGGUGGCGCCCACAGGUCUAGAGGAGUUUAAGCAGUACCUCCGACGGCCGCACCUGAAGCAAGAGUUCGUGUCCCAGUGGCAGCAGAACUAUAACAGCAUCCCCAAGGACAUGAGAGAUGACGAGGAGACCAAGGCAGAGCUGCACCAGCGUCUGGAUGACCUGCGCGAGCGUCUGUGGGACAUCUGUGAUAAGCGUAAGGAAGAAGCGGGGCAGGAGCGGGCGGCGAUCAUGUGCGACGGCUGGCUGGAAGACCACACGGCGGUGCUCAUCAACCAUUUCUCCACACUAAUGCAGGUGGAAGUGGACCGAUUCCAGGACUCUCUACGUCUCUUGCGGGAUUACUACACAGGCAUUGACAAACAGGUGCUGCUGAGGCGGGGCCAGAAUUCACCUGUAUUCUCACUGCUAGACAUCGUGGCGCUGGAGGAGCCAGGAACCCAGACUGACAAAUCCAAGAGGUGUUCCACUGUUUCCCCGCAGACCUCCCUACUCUACUGGAAGUGGCCUCUAUUGAAACAGAAAGGCUUCCAGACACCUGACGAGAAGCUGCUGCAUGACAUCUAUCAGACUGCUCUGACAGCCAUCAACAACAUGGUGAAGAAGUGUCAGUGUGAGGAGGCGUUGCAGCGCGAGGCAGAGGAGAAUGAGGAGGCUCAGCCACGCAGAUGGAUAGACGUAUACGUGGCAUACAAGAAGAUGUCCCAAGCUCCGCCUCCGCCUGCCGCCGCAGCAAACACUCUGGCAAGGACAAGAAGAAAGCUGUGGCACCAAGAUCAAGAAAUGGCUUUGGACUUUCUACCCCACUGGUCUCGCGAGGAGCCCAGCCCACCCCCUGCCCCAGAGGAAGAAAAUUCAGAGGAUGUCCUGCAAGAAGGUGCGAUACGAAUCAAAUUCAAAGACGAGGAGCUAUUGCACAGCUGGCUCAAGGUGCGGCGUUCACGCACAUCGCAGUCGGCCGCCAAGCUCCAGAGAGCUUUCCCCACAGACAGCACCUCUCACCAUCCUGCAGUUGGAGGCCUUCUUACCGCCAGCUACGCAAGUGGCGCCACAGGUGUGCAGUUGCAGUACUAUUCUGGGAGAUCCUGCAGAGAAUCACACUCUCUGAACAUGGGGACAACGCUUCUGCCAGACCCCUGGAUGCACAUCUCAGAGUCUCAGGUACGCUGUUGCUGUCUGUCGUGCUGCAUGGUUGCUAGAACCUACUGA